UUCCUCCACCACAGACGUCGCUCUGUCAGCCCGGGUGGUGGUGUCUUACGUAACUGGUAGCCGCGGUGUCUCUUCUCCUCUCAGCCGCUCAGAAUGGCAGCGAUCAGGACUCUCAGGAAACUGUGCCAACACACCCAGCACCAAGUCUGUAAACUGCACACUUCAGCCUCAAGACAGGAGGCAGUGGUCAUCUCAGGAAAGAAACUAGCACGGCAGGUUCGAGAGGAGGCCCGGGCCGACGUGGAGAAAUGGGUCUUAGCUGGCCACAGGAGACCCCACCUAAGUGUGAUUCUGGUGGGAGAAAACCCAGCCAGUCACUCCUACGUCCUCAAUAAGACACGAGCUGCAGCUGAUGUCGGAAUCUCUAGUGAAACAAUUCUCAAGCAUUCAGACAUCAGUGAGGAGGAGUUAUUGGACCUGAUCGACAAACUCAACACAGACCAUCGUGUGGACGGGCUGCUGGUCCAGCUGCCUCUGCCAGAUCACAUUGAUGAGCGCACAAUCUGUAAUGCAGUCACCCCCACCAAGGACGUGGACGGCUUUCACGUAGUAAAUGUGGGUCGCAUGUGCCUGGAUCAGUCCGCCAUGCUCCCUGCCACUCCCUGGGGAGUCUGGGAAAUGAUCAAACGUACAGGUAUUCCUACCAUUGGGAAGAAUGUCGUGGUAGCAGGACGCUCCAAGAAUGUGGGGAUGCCCAUCGCCAUGUUACUGCAUACAGACGGCCGCCAUGAGAGGCCCGGAGGUGAUGCCACAGUCACCAUUUCCCACCGUCACACUCCAAAGGAGCAACUUCGCCAACACACUAAAAUCGCUGAUAUCAUCGUGGCUGCUGCAGGGAUUCCAAACCUCAUCACUGCAGACAUGAUCAAAGAGGGCGCGGCGGUGAUUGACGUUGGGAUAAACAGAGUGCAGGACCCAGCCACUGGAAAGAGCAGACUGGUUGGAGAUGUGGAUUUUGAAGGUGUGAGGCAGAAGGCCGGCUUCAUCACCCCUGUGCCCGGAGGUGUGGGACCCAUGACCGUGGCCAUGCUCAUGAAAAACACUAUCAAAGCAGCUAAGAACGUUCUGCUGUUUCCUCCAGAGAGGAUCCGCAUGGCGGCUGCAUCCUAAUGAGCCGGAGAAAAUCCCAGCCACGGCGACACAUUCCACCCCCUCCAAACACCACCACCCCUUCAUUUUUUACUAGGAGCGACCUGACGAGCUCCUCUUGCACACGGACUGGAAAGAUGAUAGCGUUGAGACUCUCUUCCUGCUGACAUCUUUAACCUUUCCUAACUUCAAGUCCAGCCAUGUUUAGACUGUUACAUUCACUCAUGCAGCUGCGUGUUUUAUGUAACAGGGGUUUCAGUAUUUAUCAUUUACAAUGUAUUACUUUGGGGUUUUAAGGAAUCUUGAACUAUUAUUUUAUUUAUUACUACACUGACGUAAUAUUUAAACAUGAAUGGGGGCAGGUUACAGCGUUUAACUCUGAGCUGGUAAGCCUACCUGUUGUGCUUCUUUCAGUUAGUUUAGCCUUAUGUACCAAGAGUGAUAAGGGCUAACCUCAUCAGGAACAAGUAUGUUUAUCAAUAUACGAGCUUUAAAGAUUCACAAUUGCCUUUGUAAAAACUUUUAAAUAAAUAUUGCAAAUAUGUUCUCACACUGGUGCUUUCUUUGCACACAGAUUGUCUCUUCUUUUACACAACUGUGAUU